GGGAUAUAUUAUCCCGGCCUAUUACUGUUCAGGAGCCCAAGACAUUAUCCAGUACGGAGCCCGAGCAGCUAGGCCCAUUUCGGCCCAUCCGGCCCACUUUGACCACCAGUCCUGAUAUCGGCCCGUUUGGCCCAUUAGGGUGGAGAGCCCCUUCUCUCCUUCCCCUAUAAAUACGGAGCUUAGCCUCCAUGUAAAGGAUCCCCUUUUUCCUUUCUUCUUCUCCCUCCUUAGCUAGAUUAGAACUCCAUGAAUGGGAGCUUCAAACAAAUUGUACUAUGUAAUGGUGAGGAGAGUCCUAAUGAGAAAGAGAGGGCUUGGACAUUAGCCUAAAAAGUCCCGUGGUUUUCUCCCUUUCGGGUUUCCACGUAAAAACUGAGUGUUCAUACAUAUAUUUACUAUAUCGUGUUGGAUUAAACUCAACACUGGCGCCGUCUGUGGGAAUCUGUUCAAAAAGAUUCAUGUGUUCUAUGAAAAAAUCAUAUGAAAUGGACUGAUUCCAGCAAAAAAAGAAGAAAAAUGGAUUCUGAGAAGUUCUUAGAUCUAGUAAGAAUCGGAAGAAAUAACGAUUGCCGACCCAGUCCGGCCGCGACGCUGCACCAAGACGGAGGUGGAGUGCGAGCUCCGCCCUCCAACUUCGUCACCCAGUCGCAGCUCCUUCCUCCAGUCGCGGCACCGGCGGACAUCGUCGCAGGGGCUCAUCAACUUCACCGAGCUCAAGGAGGGGACAUUUUGAAGCUCUGUCGGACUCCCACCGGAGGCCGGCCUCCGUCGCCGUCCUUGCACCUUCGGCGACCUUCACUGACAACUGCCAGCAAGCGGCCAGCAGGUGGACAGCACUUCGGUUUGUUCUUGGUUGGAAGCAAGCCACGUCGUGGAAGGAGGGAUGUGGACCAAGUCCUCAUUUGGGGAUUGACGAGCUUCGCAUUAGUCAUCAUGUGGGAAAGUGAUUGUUGACUCGGUCAACAUAUAUUCCUUGGGGCAUUCCAAGCCGAGACGUACGCUACAAGAGCUAAGUUUCACAAAAAACCUUCACCAUUUGCUAAUUUGAGUAUUAAUUGGAAUAAUGUUCCUUUACUAUUAUUAUUUUAUCACCAUUAUUUAUUAGGGAUUAGAAUCUCCCAAAAUUAAAUAAUGUCGAGCGACGCUCUUGUGAUAAUUAGUUUUCACCAUCAUUUUAAUUAAUGAUUGGUUGUUAUGGGCCCGUCGGCCCGCUCCUGAUCGGCUUUAAUUAGCGAACGGAGUAUACUUGAAUGGCCUUUGAUAGGAAAGUAUCAUUGCUAUUACAUGUUAUAUCACUAUUAUUUAUUGGGGAUAAAUGUCCCGAAUUAAAUAAUGCGGAGCGAGGCUCUAGUGAUAGUUAGUUCGGCCAAUAUUUUAUUGAAUAUUUAAUUUUUCGUGGGGCCUGUUGGCCCACUCUCGAUCAGCUUGAUUAAGUGAUCCGAGCGUCCCCGGAAAGGCGAUGCCCCGACGACGCAUUUUAAUUUGAGGGGUGCGCAUUAGUCCGCACGGCACUACGUGCCCGAUCGACGAUCAUACCCCAAUGUAAUCCGCGCCGCUAGGCGCGAAGUGACUAUUGCCAAACGUGGCCUAUGGGGCCCGAGGGCACCAAAGCACUCAACCUCGUUUUUCCGAGGGCAGUGCGACUAACUUGGGUCUGAGUUUGAAAACUCACAGACCAAUGAGUAUUUCUAUGUGACGUUCGGCGGGCUGCUAAUUGGCCUCGCCGCGAGCUGCUACGUCCCUUAACCCCGCACGAUGAGCCGGGCCGAGGGUCACGAUGACCCAUAGGCCGGUAAUCGUGGAUGUUAAAGAGAAAGCCAUGCAGAUGGUUAUGUGUGUAUACAUAUUGUCGGGCCGUGCGGCCCGUUACCAUGUUUAUUGCGCAGCUGAAGCCACUCGAUGCGCUCGAGCGAAAUGAUUAAAAGAUGCUCGGCCUGAGUCUUAAAGACAUUCAGGGCCAGCUAAAGAGGAGACCAUCACGGCUGAGGACCGUGAGACGAGCAUCUCCACCUAGAGGCUGAGGGCCUAGAGGAGACCACCACGGUUGAGAACCGUGGGACGAGCAUCUCCACCCCAGAGACCGAUGGCCUAGGAAGAACACCUAGAGGCCGAGGGUCUAGAGGGAACUAUCACGGCGAAGAACCGUGAGACGAUCAUCCAUCAUUCAGAGGCCGAAGGCCUAGAGGAGACCGUCACGGCCGGGGGCCAACCGACAUCAUCAUAUCACGACCGGCCUCCCGGCACGGCGUGAUCAUCUUUUGAAGACCGGCCUCGUCCCCGCGCUGCGCGGACGAAGACCGUUGCUGAAUUUCUUCCAGGUCGGCCUCUCAUCGCCGACACCAUUAUACCACGACCGGCCUCUCGGCUCGGCGUGCUUAUCUUUUGAAGACCGGCCUCGUCCCCGCCCUCGCGGACGAGGACCGUUGCUUGAUUUUCUCAGAUCGGCCGCUCAUUGCCGACACCAUUAUACCACGACCGGCCUCUCGGCUCGGCGUGCUUAUCUUUUGAAGACCGGCCUCGUCCCCGCCACCUCGCGGAUGAGGACCGUUGUUUGAUUCUUUCAGGUCGGCCUCUCACUGCCGACACUAUCAUGUUAUGUUCGGCCUCUCGGCACGACAUAUUUAUCUUUUGAAGACCGGUUUCAUCCCCGCGUUGCGUUGGAUGAGAGCCGUUGCUCGGAUAUAUCGGCCUGACCGGACACUAUUGCCAUCUCCAUUAUCAGGACCGACUGCUCAGCGACAUUGUGAUCAUUUGUAUAUCGGCUCCCAAUGCCGACCCUCUUGAGUUAGCGAUCGGGCUCACCCCUCCCUUCAGGAGGGUGACCAUCGCCUUCGCAUGACGACCAGCUAUUCUAUCGCCUCGUCGUUAUAUUUGUUCGCCAUGCCACCACCAUUAUGUGUGACAUCCCGUGAUCCCUGCGAGUUUCUUGGAUACCGAAUUUCUUCUUCGAUGUAGGAAGAUCGGUAGGACCACGGACCAGGGACGGACAAAGAAGAGCUAGGGAAUCUCGAUGUAGAUAAACCUGUUCCUCCUUGCGAGUUUCGCGGAUACCGAACGUCUCUUCGAAGCAAGAGCGCCGGUAGGACCAAGAACCAAGGACGAACGAAGAAUAUAGAUUGCCUCCCUCAAAAAAAAAAAAAAAAAAAAAAAAAAAAAAAAAAAAAAAAGAUGGGGAGAAGAGGAGGGUAGCUCCUAUAUGGAAGGGAAUCUUGCCCGGGCGUGCCAGAUCUUCUCCCACCGCCGAAGACGAACGCCCCUCGAUGUAGAGGUUAGUAGAGACGCGGAGGGGGCUAGACGAACCAAGGGAGCCUUGCCAAGAUAAACCUGUUUAUCCCACAAAUGACCAUGGAUCGAUGGACGUGGGAUAACAAAGACGGGAACCCGUGAGGGUAGACCAGUUCGUCCCUGCGAGUCCUUGGGUACCGAACGUCCUCUUCGAAGCAAGAGACGUCGGUAAGGCUAAAAGGACCACGGACGAACGAAAAAAGGGGGGAAUCUCGAUGUAGAUAAACCUGUUCCUCCUUGCGAUGUCGGCGGACACCGAACGUCUCCUCGAAGUAGGGACGCCGGUGGGACCAGGGACCAAGGACGAACGAAGACUAAAAGACUCCAAAAAAAAAAGGGGAAAAAAAAAAAAAAAAAAAAAAAAGAAAGAAAGAUGCCAGAAGAGCACGGAGCAAAGAAUGAUUUUAUCCCUCGGCGCUAUUGGCCGGGAAGUACAAACUGAAAAACAUAUGUAAAAGAAUAAUUACAAAACUUAAGUACGAAGAAUGAGGUGGCCGACGACGAUCGGCUAACAUCAGGUUUUCUUUUGUCUUAAACGACGAAUACCAGCUCCCCAGAUCAGGUAGGAGGGACAUCGCCCGGAUUUAUUUCAGGCUCACCAUUCCUUCCCGAAUGGAGUCCUGGCAGACGAUCGGCUUCUCACAGCCAAUCAGGAGAGAGACUUGACACAUCACCAGCACGGCCGAGGGCCGCGAGAGGCCGAGGGCCAUGAGAUGAUCAUCACUAUUUUUCUGUAUCACGAUCGGCCCCUCAGCGCCAUCGUGUUCAGAUUCACGGUUCGGUUCGCUCAUUCCCUCCAGGAUGGCGGCGACCGUCUUAUGCAGCACGAUCGGCUUCUCAGCGCCAUCGUGUCUCUUUCACGGUUCGGCUCGCCCAUUCCCUCCAGGAUGGCGACGACCGUCUUAUGCAUCACGAUCGGCCCCUCAGCGCCAUCGUGUCUCCUUCACGUUCGGAUCGCCCAUUCCCUCCAGGAUGGCGACGAACGUCCUAUGCAGUGCGAUCGGCCCCUCAGCGCCAUCGUGUCUGGCUUCACGGUUCGGCUCGCCCAUUCCCUCCAGGAUGGCGACGACCGUCUUAUGCCGUACGAUCGGCCCCUCGGCGCCAUCGUACCUGGCUUCACGGUUCGGCUCGCCCAUUCCCUCCAGGAUGGCGACGACCGUCUUAUGCAGUGCGAUCGGCCCCUCAGCGCCAUCGUACCCAGCUCACGUUCAGCUCGUCCACCCCUUCCAGGGUGGCGACGAACGUCUUAUGCAUCACGAUCGGCCCCUCAGCGCCAUCGUGUCCAGAUUCACGGUUCGGCUCGUCCAUUCCCUCCAGGAUGGCGACGACCGUCUUAUGCAGUACGAUCGGCCCCUCAGCGCCAUUGUACCCAGCUUACGUUCAGCUCGUCCAUCCCUUUCAGGGUGGCGACGAACGUCUUAUGCAUCACGAUCGGCUUCUCAGCGCCAUCGUGUCUCUUUCACGUUCGGAUCGCCCCAUUCCCUCCAGGAUGGCGACGAACGUCUUAUGCAGUGCGAUCGGCCCCUCAGCGCCAUCGUACCUGGCUUCACGGUUCGGCUCGCUCAUUCCCUCCAGGAUGGCGACGACCGUCUUAUGCAUCACGAUCGGCCCCUCAGCGCCAUCGUGUCUCCUUCACGUUCGGAUCGCCCAUUCCCUCCAGGAUGGCGACGAACGUCCUAUGCAGUGCGAUCGGCCCCUCAGCGCCAUCGUAUCUGGCUUCACAGUUCGGCUCGCCCGUUCCCUCCAGGAUGGCGACGACCGUCUUAUGCAGCACGAUCGGCUUCUCAGCGCCAUCGUGUCUGGCUUCACGGUUCGGCUCGCCCAUUCCCUCCAGGAUGGCGACGACCGUCUUAUGUCGUACGAUCGGCCCCUCGGCGCCAUCGUGUCUGGCUUCACGGUUCGGCUCGCCCAUUCCCUCCAGGAUGGCGACGACCGUCUUAUGUCGUACGAUCGGCCCCCUCGGCGCCAUCGUACCUGGCUUCACGGUUCGGCUCGCCCAUUCCCUCCAGGAUGGCGAUGACCGUCUUAUGCAUCACGAUCGGCCCCUCAGCGCCAUCGUGUCCAGAUUCACGGUUCGGCUCGCCCAUUCCCUCCAGGAUGGCGACGACCGUCUUAUGCAUCACGAUCGGCCCCUCAGCGCCAUCGUGUCCAGAUUCACGGUUCGGCUCGCCCAUUCCCUCCAGGAUGGAGACGACCGUCUUAUGCAGUACGAUCGGCCCCUCAGCGCCAUCGUACCCAGCUCACGUUCAGCUCGUCCAUCCCCUCCAGGAUGGCGACGAACGUCUCUUAUGCAGCACGAUCCGCGCCCCAGCGCCAUCGUGUCUGGCUCACGUUAGGGUCGCCUAUCCUUUCCAGGAUGGCGACGAACGUCUCUUAUGCAGCACGAUCAGCGCCCCAGCGCCAUCGUGUCUGGCUCACGUUAGGGUCGCCCAUCCCUUCCAGGAUGGCGACGAACGUCUCUUAUGCAGCACGAUCAGCGCCCCAGCGCCAUCGUGUCUGGCUCACGUUAGGGUCGCCCAUCCCUUCCAGGAUGGCGACGAACGUCUCUUAUGCAGCACGAUCAGCGCCCUAGCGCCAUCGUGUCUGGCUCACGUUAGGGUCGCCCAUCCCUUCCAGGAUGGCGACGAACGUCUCUUAUGCAGCACGAUCCGCGCCCCAGCGCCAUCGUGUCUGGCUCACGUUAGGGUCGCCUAUCCUUUCCAGGAUGGCGACGAACGUCUCUUAUGCAGCACGAUCAGCGCCCCAGCGCCAUCGUGUCUGGCUCACGUUAGGGUCGCCCAUCCCUUCCAGGAUGGCGACGAACGUCUCUUAUGCAGCACGAUCAGCGCCCCAGCGCCAUCGUGUCUGGCUCACGUUAGGGUCGCCCAUCCCUUCCAGGAUGGCGACGAACGUCUCUUAUGCAGCACGAUCAGCGCCCCAGCGCCAUCGUGUCUGGCUCACGUUAGGGUCGCCCAUCCCUUCCAGGAUGGCGACGAACGUCUCUUAUGCAGCACGAUCCGCGCCCCAGCGCCAUCGUGUCUGGCUCACGUUAGGGUCGCCUAUCCUUUCCAGGAUGGCGACGAACGUCUCUUAUGCAGCACGAUCAGCGCCCCAGCGCCAUCGUGUCUGGCUCACGUUAGGGUCGCCCAUCCCUUCCAGGAUGGCGACGAACGUCUCUUAUGCAGCACGAUCAGCGCCCCAGCGCCAUCGUGUCUGGCUCACGUUAGAGUCGCCCAUCCCUUCCAGGAUGGCGACGAACGUCUCUUAUACAGCACGAUCAGCGCCCCAGCACCAUCGUGUCUGGCUCACGUUAGGGUCGCCCAUCCCUUUCAGGAUGGCGACGAACGUCUCUUAUGCAGCACGUCUGCCCCUCGGCGCUGACAUGCCCGGUUUAUCGAUGAGAGCCACCGCUUUCUAUCACAUCUCACAUUCCUUCUCUCAUACAUCGCACCCAUACAUUACAUGCAUUCAUGCAUUCAUGCAUCAUACCUCAUACAUUCAUACAUACACAUGUGCAUCGUGUUUUGACAGUACCGCGACAUCGGUUUAUAGACGCAUGGACCUCUAAGCUUCUCCGAUUGGAAAGCUCGAGUCAGAGUCCUCUACUCUCGCCUGAUGCAUUCAGGGGGAGCGUGCCCGUGGAGGAGCACCCUUCGCCCGACCAUGUCGGAAAGGGGGGUGCCUCACUGGUAGAUUACGUUCAGGAGUACAGACACUCACUCAUAUAUUAUGAUUAUGUGAAGACACAGUUUCCAGCAAGACAGAGGAAGAGCGCAGGCAGAGUAUAUUUUCUCGAGCAGAUUCGCGAGCUCACUACUCAAGAAACUGGGGGACUUGUGUUGGGAUAUAUUAUCCCGGCCUAUUACUGUUCAGGAGCCCAAGACAUUAUCCAGUACGGAGCCCGAGCAGCUAGGCCCAUUUCGGCCCAUCCGGCCCACUUUGACCACCAGUCCUGAUAUCGGCCCGUUUGGCCCAUUAGGGUGGAGAGCCCCUUCUCUCCUUCCCCUAUAAAUACGGAGCUUAGCCUCCAUGUAAAGGAUCCCCUUUUUCCUUUCUUCUUCUCCCUCCUUAGCUAGAUUAGAACUCCAUGAAUGGGAGCUUCAAACAAAUUGUACUAUGUAAUGGUGAGGAGAGUCCUAAUGAGAAAGAGAGGGCUUGGACAUUAGCCUAAAAAGUCCCGUGGUUUUCUCCCUUUCGGGUUUCCACGUAAAAACUGAGUGUUCAUACAUAUAUUUACUAUAUCGUGUUGGAUUAAACUCAACAUCAGUCAAUUUUUUCUCAAGCAUAUUACUUUUGGUUUUGCGCAGUGAAUUGUAUAAUAAUCAAAAUGUAG